GAGAAGUCAUUGUGCUAGAAACUUCUCGAAGAUAGCGAGAAGCACUCUCCCACAUGUAGAACCUUGGUUACUUGGAGAUAAUGAGCAAGGGGGAAAUACGAUCAAUGUAAUUUAAUAUGCAACGGCCAUUUUAGAACAGCAUCACUACAGUAUACACAUUUAGCUAUUUCAAUGACACUUGUCAUAAUAGCCUAACACAGAUAAUUAGCAACUUGGUUUUGGAUUAUUUGGGAGUUGGCUACCAACUGGAGAUGAAUUGAACACCAUGGACUGGUCAGACUAAUUAUUUUUCCACACUUCAGACUCACCAUGCCAAGUUGUCAAAAGAAAAUUAUAUUCUCUGUUGCCGGAGUGUUGAGUUUCGGAUGCGUCCUCAUUAUUGCGGCCGCGAUGGGGACGCAGUUUUGGGUCCAGGGGACUGUUCUGUGUACAACCGGGGCGCAACUUGUAAAUGCCACAGGACAAGAGCUGGAUAAAUUUGUCGGUAGGGUUAACUAUGGUCUCUUUCACGGACAGAGAGUUAAGCAAUGUGGACUUGGUGGAAGACCCUUCAGAUUUUCAUUUUUUCCGAACUUGGUGGAAGUCAUCCCAGCCAGUCUUCACGUCACUGUGAUCUUCUUCUGCGUAGUGCUCAUCUGCUUCUCAUCUGUGGCCACAGGCUUCUUUAUGUACAAUGCCUUUGGUAGUCCCUAUGAGACUCUGCACGGACCCCUUGGACUCUACCUCUGGAACUUCGUCUGCUGCGUCUGCAGCUGCCUGGUGAUGAUUCUGUUUGCCUCCGAGGUGAAGCUCCACCGCCUGUCCGACCACAUCGCCAACUUCAACGAGGGCACGUUUGUGUACAAGACGCACACAGAGCAAUUUGACCACUCCUUCUGGCUCAUCUUCCUUACCUUUCUCAUCCAUGGCCUUAACAUCCUGCUGAUCCGUGUGGCUGGCAUCCAGUUCCCCUUCCAGGAGGCCAAAGAGUCGGACGUGAACACCGGGGCAUCAGAUCUCAUGUACUGACCAGGGCUUUUGUUUGUUUGUGUGGCCGCUUGCCGGGCCCCCCCACUAUAGUGACACUGAGCCUCGGCUAUUAGCGUGUCUCAAUGGGAGACUUGGGGCCAUAGCUUUUAUGUGCCCAUGUGCUGUUGAAAGGUCUAAGCAAAUGUGACCCUCCUAAACUGCUUCUUUUCCCCUUCCAGUGACAAGCUGUCAGUCCUUCAGACGACAACUGGAGACGUGUCCCUGGCCAUCUCUGUUAGGGAAGCUGUUUUGAAACUUUGAGUGAGUGGGUCUUGUUUUUCUUUCCAUUGUUAAUUGGUUGUAUUUCGUUAGGUGGUGGGCCAAUUAAAGGCCAGGAUUUCACUCGGCUGUUGAAAAGCAGAGACUUGGUUGGUUCCACUCCAUCAUGUUUUUACGUGCAUUGGCAGUCCCUCCCUUGGCAGUCCAAAGCUUUAUCAAUGAAGGUGGACCGUUCAACAGUGUGUCACGAUUGAUUGACCAGAAUAGGUACCAUGUGUAUUAUGGAUUGACUAUAUCGUAGCCUAUCAAUUUUGACCCCGAAAUGUAUUGAACGACCACAGCAGUAUAUAGUAAACAUAGCAGUUUCUUUAUCCCUUGUGCUUCAUAUUGGUUUUUACUUACUCAGAUUUAGAUGUUGCUUCAUUGUUUGAUCGUAUGAUGUAUUCAGAAUCAUGUGAUGUGCCAAUUUUUAUGAUUUUAAUGAUGACCAUUCCUAACACAACAUUGAUUUUAUGAAAUGUGUAGAGCUAUUUAGAUUUGUUGUAGAUUUAUAUGCUGUUAUUGGUGUAAGUCCGAGGUAUAUGUAUUCUCUGUCGUAGGAAGAACAAUUGUAUUCAUGUCCACCUACAGUAUCUGUGUAAAUGUUCCUUGAAUUAUAGCUAUUUUUGAUUGACUGAUCAAUUCAUUGUAUUAAACUAUUUAGCAUCUUUCUAAGGCACUAAAUAUUUAAAAACUAA